AUCUCUAUUAAAGUUGAUGAAAUGGCCUCUCAAGACCGAUACAAUGAUCCCAAGCACCUGUAGCUGUAGACUCCACCGACAACCCUACGGCUUCUUGUAGGUAGUAGAGAACGAGUGAAGCUUGUCUUACAAUCUCGUGAGCAGUUGAUAUCCUCGCAUGUCUCGACGCAAGUCACACUUACAUUCAAGCCGACUUAAGCAGGAAACGCUUGGAAGUUUUCAGUGGUAACGCGAAAGAAUUCGAUGGUUGAGACGAAUUCCUAACGAUAACAAAUUCUCGACAGUUCGUUUAUAAAUAAGUGUCCGAAUUGCCCUAAAUCUGACUGAAGUGUGCUGUGAGAUGUGCCUGGAUGACAGUUUAUGAAUUGCCUGACAAUGAAUAACCGACGAUAAAAUAAGGGAUGCAGAAUUAUGGACGGUUCCAUAAGAGGCCUGUUAAACAUCCUCAUCACAUUAUUGGUUUGGGUUACGUCUGUGAGAUCAGAUCACGAGUACAUGGUAAACGAACCAGAAAAUGUGAUAUUGCCCAUAGAUUUCGAAACACAACUAACCUGCAAUAUGAACAUAGAGCCUGAUAAAUUCCUUUGGAAGUUCUAUCCUUUCUCCAACAAAGAUAUGUAUAAUUCUAAGGCGAUCAUCGAUCUCAAUACAGCACCUUAUAUUUUAAUCAAUCCAGAUCACGUAGAAGAUAGAAAAAGUUUCUUGAAAGUUAAAGUUCAGGAUACCCAAAAAAAGGUAGCUGGGGACUACCAGUGCCUAGCCUACUACGGAGCAUCAGUGAUAGCCUCAGUUCCUUCUAGAGUAACUAUAGCCACCUUAGAUAAUUUCACCAAAGUCGAGGAGAAAAAGGUUGACGUUUUUCCAGGCAAUACCGUACUCUGGAGAUGCGAACUGCCAUAUUACAAUCAAGAUCCCUUCGUCGACUACUUCAAAAACGACCAAUAUCUUGAACCAACAGAGCUGUCGAGUAUCAUCAAAGCAUUGGUCAUUGAGAACAUCACCUAUUCCAGUACAGGAAUUUAUAAAUGUGGUGCUAGCUUGCCCACAAGCCAGGAGGUACCCAGAAGGAUGUCUAAGGAGUCUCUGAAUUUGAGAGUUACUAACUAUAUGAGUGGAAAAACUCCCUACUUCUUGGCUACGCCUCCAAGCAACUACACAGUUGUCAAAGGUUCAUCAGUUUUUCUCGAAUGUGCUGCCAUCGGCAACCCAACACCAAGGGUCUUCUGGUACAAGCAAAAUGGCCAGUUACCUCAACACCGUACAGAAAUGACGAGUGGAGGCUUGAAGAUCAACAACAUCACAACAUCCGAUGAAGGAGUCUACAUCUGCAACCACACAAACAACUACGGAACUCUCUCCCAUCCAAUAACUAUAAUAACUCACGAAGAACCAAGCGUUGAGUGUUUCCUCAACACCACCGACGUCAAACAGAAUGACAGACUGGACUUGGAAUGCAACAUCAAAGGAAAGCCUGAACCCAAGAUAGCUUGGUUCUUGAACGGAUACAGCGUGAGGAAUGACAGUGCUAUAGAAACCACCAAGAACAAGAUUGUGAUAAACCCUGUGGAGAAACGACACGCUGGAAACCUACAGAUUUUUGCUAGUAAUUCUGUGAAAACCGUCUACAGCUCUAUGAGUUUGAGGGUGAUACCGAUAGCUACCAGUCUGGACAUACCAACGCAACCAAGCAAUCAUCGCCACGGUGGUAAAAAACCUGUGAGGAAACCUACAAAACCUUUGAAACCUCCAAAGAUGAUACCACCAAACAAACCUACAGUGACUAGACUGAACGAUCAGGCUGUUGUAGUGAGAUGGUCUGUAGGCUCUAACACCGGACUGCCUAUCAUGUUCUUCAAGGUUCAAUAUAGGGAGUUGGGACCUUUACAGCAUAACGAACACCACAGGAACAAGGGUUCCCGAUGGAAGACUUGCAACGAAGAUAUUGCGCCCCAUAUCCAAAGCUAUGACGUGACCAACUUGAAGCCAGAUUACGUUUAUAGGUUUAGAAUUGCUGCCGUAUACAGUAAUAACGAUAAUAAACUUAGUAAUAACUCCGAUAAGUUCUAUCUGAGAAGAAUGGACUUCGAUGAAGAUAAUAAACCGCCUGCACCUUUGAUAACCAGAACAGAAGCGAUCAAUACUACAGCUGUGAAGAUUCAUUGGCAGUAUACCCCAUCCCCAAACAAAACCAUAGAUGGUUUCUACAUCAGCUUCAUAUCAGCAAGUUUGGCCGGGGACUAUACUAGGGUAACUGUAGAUGGAGAUCAAGUUAAAUCUUACGUUUUAGGUUAUCUUCAGCCUGACACUGUGUACGACAUAAAGUUGCAAAGCUUCAAUUCGAAGGCAGCAAGUGAAUACAGCCAAACCAUGAAAGCUAAAACUAAGGACCAUGAUAUAAUAAAGACAAUUACAAACCCUGUUGCUCUACCUAGUACGGAACCUCCAUCUGUGAUUGGACCAACUGUCGCUUCGACUGAAGGUGAUCCUGGCGUAGGAAACCUAUACGUGCUCAUAGCAAUUGGUGUUGUGGGUGGUGGCCUCCUACUUGUCGUUCUUGCAGUCCUUAUAGGAUGUCGCAGGUGGCAUAGGAUGAACUCUGAAAACGAUCGCCAGAAGCCGAGUGGGGAGGAGCAGCACCACAUCCAGGCUGAUGGUAAUGACUACGUCGUCAAUCCUCGUACCCUAUCCAGAACUAACGGGUGUGUGUUACCUACUAAUAGGAUAACAAUAACCCCUAAUCCUUUGGCAGAUAAUGAGAAUAAGAGUCAAAACAUAAUUGAGCUCACUUGCCUCACAUCUCAAAACAAUAACACAAGCGCCCUCGUCAGUGGCGUAGAAGGGGAUUCCUCUUCCGCAGAGAGGAAAGUUCACAAAAAUAGAAUAAGAAAACAAAAAAGUAAGGAACAUUCUACGUCUGGUGAGAAUUGUGUUUGAUUGAGUUUUGUAUUUGUGUGGAAUUAAAUUAAGAAUGGAAAACUGUUCUAAAAUGUGAUACGUUUUGAAAUGAUCAAGAUUUGAUCGAUGAUAUUAUUUAUUAACUAUGAAAUUGUAAUUUUUUUAGGAAUUUCGACAGAUAAUUUAAUACGUUAAUAUAUCCUGAAAAUUUUGUAUAUAAUGUUGUAUAUAAAUUGGUUUUGUAAAAAUUUCAGUUUGACUAUCUAAAAAUGUCUUAAUACUAGUGACUACUGUAUUUAUUGGUACAUUGACUUAGUUCUAAUUUAUAUCGCACAGGUAGCUUAGUACACACAACUUACUGAUUCUUGAAGUCUAUAUCACUUAUUUAUUCUGAGCAUAUAGUGACUUUUUUAUUUAUAUGAACUGCAUUAUAUUUAAUUGUUUCAUUUUGUUUGGCAUACACCCAAAUUUUAUACAGGGUGGCCAUUUGAAAACGAAACAGACGAGAUUACAGACGAAAUAAAGUUUUUCGAUAGAAAUGCUCGGACAGGUCGAUUUCUGUUUCGAG